AUGGGGGGGUGCUUCCCUCUCUGGGUCCCAAACAAAGUGUCACAAAGAGCUCGGCCCGCGGCAGCCGCGGAGGCGGCUGUAACUCAGCUUUUGUUCUCCUGGCCCGGGGUAGCUGAGCUCUGGCCUCCCUAUCUCCCAACCCUGCCCCCAUCAUCCUUCUGGCUUAUUUUCCCCGGGAGGGAGUGUGGGGUAUGCUGGUGCAGCCCCUUGUGUGUGAUCACAGGUCCUGCCCUACUUGCCAACCAAUUUCUGGGAGGGGUAUUUUCCCAGAGUAUUUCUGGGAGGCGUAUUUUCUCCUACCCACCCCCAGUCGUUGGACUGAGGCUCAUGUGAGUGUUAGCACUGACUUAUUUUAGGGUCAGCUCCAGUUAAAGGGACUUAGGCUGUAUGAACGUCCCCUUCCCCUAAUCCAGGUCCUUCAGAACUUUCAGAAUCGGGGUCAAGUUAGGACAUGCUAGGAUAUGUGUCUAGCAUAAGAUGGGGGUGGGGGAGUGCACCUUCUUGUUACCUGCUAUAUAUUUGGGAGUCCGUGACUGAGAUUUUCAUGCCCCCAACUCGUGUCCUGCAGAAAGGAACCUUUUCUAAGAGCUCACUCAAAAAGGCGUCAGUGUAGGAUGGGUUUGGAGCAGCUCUCUGACCAGUGAGGUCCAGAGGGCCAUGGAAAGAUCCUGAAAGUGAAUUGUUGGCAUAUCUGUGUUCUCAAGGUGGUCCUGACGCUAGCCUAAAAGGCCCCUUUCCAUUUGAUGUCCUCUAGUACAGUGGUCAUCAUAACUGUUAGCUGACUUAGGAAGCAUAAGAUUGCCCACAGGGAAAGUCAAGUGUUAGGGAUGACCAGAGACCUAGUUAACAAGACCUAGUUCAGAUCAGGCAGAUCCUGAACACUUGCUGCUUAACACUUAACGUUAAAAAUUUUGAAUCACAAAAGAUUGAGGGACAAUCUUCUUGUUCCUUCAUUUAGCAGGUAAUUCUCUCUUUCCACCAUCCAUCCAUACAUCCCUCUCUCAGUAAAGUUUGGUGGUCUGUACCUCUUCACCAGCUGGCUCCACCUAGCAUAUAAAAUUGGCCUGUUGCUUUGGAAUAUUUCUGAUCCUUAAGCCUGAUCCUGCAUCCCUUAGAAUCCAAACCAGGGCAAGAUAACCCCCGAUUCCCAGUGGAGGUGGAAAGUAGGUCAGUGCCACUAGCUGGCCAAGGCUCAGAAUGGUGUAUAAGCCCUGAGUAUAGAAAGUGUGAUGAUUGUCUACAGACAAUACUUGUCUACCGGGUCAUAGGAUUUCAUCUUAGUGUUCUCCCCUGUUGAGAACUUGAGAGAUCUGGUGUCUGAGACCUGGUUUGAUGUAGAGAUGAUGGAAGCCAUCUUGACUAGGCCUAGGAGUCUCAGUGGAUUUUACUGAUUUUAGGCUACUUUCUGGGAACACUUCCCCUGCUAAGGAAUUCAGCUUCAGUUAGGACUUUCUUAUGUAUCAACCACAUUCCAUAUUGGAAACUGCUGCAUGCAAGUGGGGUUUGUUGUUGUUUUGGGGUGGAAGUCUUGCCCUGUUACUACUCUUUUUUUUUUUGUCUCAGAACUGAGGUCAGUUUCCUGUGUGUUUGGUAUUCUAUAGGCAGUUUUAGAGGCCCAAGAAUCUUCUCUGAAUCAGACUAUGUGCCCAUAGGUUAGUCAGCUAUGACCAUGCAGUUAUUCACACACACACCCCUCCCGGCCAUCUGCUUCCUCUGAAUGUACCAGAUUGGCUGUACACCAGGAUGUUCCGGGAAUCCCCAGGAGAGCAACAGAAUGUGAUGGACCCAAAUACGAUGCCUCAGUAACUCAUUCCAGGAUGUACAAACUGUAACUGUUAUGACAUUCCUUAUAGCUAAUUAAAAUAUUUCUAGGUACAUGUAUUUUCUAUUAUCUCUUUUCAGUGACAUCCAAAAGGCCCAGACAGUUCCCCUGUUACCACUACUCCCCCCACCCCCAUGGAUCCCAAAUAGGAUCUUUAAAAAAAUCCACUCGUUUUACCUGUGUCUUAUCUGUGGUGCCAAAAUGGCCAGUGUGGCCUCUCUAGCACUUCCUAGCUCUAUAUUUUAUACUGAGGUAGCCAAAAUGGCUUCUUUGGUAGCCCACUGCACUCUCCAUGGUACUGAAGGAAUGGCCAUUUGUUUUAACAUCUGUCUGGGGUCCAGAAGAGUCCUAGCAUGUGUGGAUCCCCUAUCUGUGCAGAUGGCCAGGCCCCGCCCCCACGUCCCUCACUCCAGCCUCUUGAGCUCAGAGCCAGUGUAAUCCUCCUCUUGUGUGAGGAAGCCUCUCCCCUGCAGAGAGGAGGAAAGCCUGCUUCGGAACAGCUCUGGACAAAGGGGCUGAGAUGCCCCAUCAAACUGCAGGCUCCAAGGUCCUCAGCACCUGUUGCCUUCAUCAGCAGCUUUUCUUCCUUCCCUCCACUCAGAACCAAAGAAUGUGAAGGGGGUCCAUGGAGGGCUCACGUCCCCGCAUCCUGGUCGGCCACCUAGAGCCUUCCCCCCCAGCCUUCGACGGCGAGCUGGAUCUGCAGCGCUACUCCAACGGGCCUGGUGUGAGCACAGGGUCUCCUGGGAUGGGAGCAGUGGGCUGGUCUGAAAGUCGUGCAGGUGAACGGCGCUUCCCCUGUCCUGUGUGUGGAAAGCGCUUCCGCUUCAAUUCCAUCCUGGCUUUGCACCUGCGAGCCCACCCGGGCGCCCAGGCCUUCCAGUGCCCACACUGCGGCCACCGCGCGGCCCAGCGUGCUCUGCUGCGCUCACACCUCCGAACACACCAGCCCGAGCGCCCACGCAGCCCUGCGGCGCGCCUGCUGCUGGAGCUGGAAGAGCGCGCCCUGCUGCGGGAAGCCCGCCUGGGGCGAGCCCGAAGCUCGGGGGCCAUGCAGGCUACCCCUGCGGCUGAGGGCCUGGCGCGCCCCCAGCCCCCUUCCUCGGCUGCCUUCCGAUGCCCCUUCUGCAAAGGCAAGUUUCGCACCUCGGCAGAGCGGGAACGCCACCUGCACAUCCUGCACAGGCCCUGGAAGUGCAGCUUGUGCAGUUUCGGCUCCAGCCAGGAGGAGGAGCUGCUGCACCACAGCCUGACGGCGCACGGGGCUCCCGAGCGCCCCCUGGCGGCCACCUCGACGCCGGAGCCGCAGUCUCCGCCGCAGUCAGAAUCUAGAUCCGCGCUGGAGCCCGAGCCCGAACCCGAGCCCGAGCCUAGGCCGCAGCCUGAACGCGAGGCUAAACCCGCUCCUACUCCAGCUCCGGAGGAACCCCCCGCGCCUCCCGAGUUCCGCUGCCAAGUGUGCGGCCAGAGCUUUACACAGUCCUGGUUUCUCAAGGGUCACAUGCGCAAGCACAAGGCUUCCUUCGAUCAUGCGUGUCCUGUGUGUGGCCGCUGCUUCAAGGAGCCCUGGUUCCUUAAGAACCACAUGAAGGUGCACACCAGCAAGCUGGGUCCCCUGCGCGCCCCGGGACCCGGCUCCGCCCCGACCAGGGCCCCGCAGCCUCCUGACCUGAGCUUGCUGGCCUACGAGCCUCUGGGCCCUGCGCUGCUCCUGGCCCCGGCACCCACCCCCGCCGAGCGCCGCGAGCCCCCGAGCCUCCUGGGCUACCUGAGCGUCCGUGGUGGGGAAGCGCGGCCCAACGGCGAGGGCGCCGACUCCGGAGCCGGCCGCAGCUACGGCGGAUUCCGCCCGCUGCCUUCGGCCCUUCCCGCCCGGGCUCGCCGGAACCGCACGGAAGAGCCAGAAGAGGAGGAAGAAGUGGAGGCGGACGAGGAGGGCUGGGCCCGGGGCAGGUCGCUGGGCCCUCUGGCUUCCCUGCACCCCCGUCCAAGUGAGGGGACAGGGCACGCUGCACCCGCCGUGGGAGCCCAGGCGAGAUCUGCCGCCACGCAGGAAGAAAACGGGCUGCUGGCUGGAGGGACCCGACCCGAAGGGGGCCGCGGGGCCACCGGCAAAGACUGCCCCUUCUGUGGAAAGUCUUUUCGCUCAGCGCAUCACCUCAAAGUGCAUCUGCGAGUGCACACAGGUGAACGCCCCUACAAGUGUCCACACUGCGACUAUGCAGGCACCCAGUCCGGCUCGCUCAAGUACCACCUUCAGCGUCACCACCGAGAGCAGCGGAGCAGCGCCGGCCCGGGGCCACCCCCAGAGCCUCCGCCCCCUUCCCUGCGGGGCACAGCCCCGCAGCCACCAUCUUCAGGAGCCAAGGCGGCUCAGUCCCCUGCCACCUGGGUGGAGGGCCCUGCCAGUUCCCGGCCUCCUUCAAGCGGUGCUGGACAAGGGUCCCGUCGGAAGCCCGCCAGCCCCGGGAGGACCCUGCGCAACGGGCGAGGCGGUGAGGCUGAACCCCUGGACCUGUCCCUGCGGGCGGGACCGGGAGGUGAGGCCGGGUCGGGUGGUACACUCCACCGCUGCCUCUUCUGCCCUUUUGCCACUGGAGCUCCGGAGCUCAUGGCCUUGCACCUGCAAGUGCACCACAGUCGUCGGGCUCGGGGCCGCCGGCAGCCCCGAGUUGACACGUCUCCACCCUAUGUCCGAGUAUCAUCUGGGGAGACCCCUCCCAGCCCUCCACUAGAAGAGGAGGGCAGCCCCGGGGUGUCUAGAUCCGGAGAGGCGGGCCUGGGGGGUCAAGAACGGUAGGGAGUCCUCUUAGGAGUGAUUAGCUUAGUGAGCUUAUCCCGCCCGAGCGGGGAGGCGCUAGAGGUAGUUGGGUAGAGCAGCCAGCACGGGGCAGCGUGGGACCCAUAUCCCAGCCCAGGGCGGACCAGAGUGAAGGGGGCGGUGGGUGAAGGAGGGUGGGCCCAGUCCAAGGGAGUCACAGUGCCUUAGAAGUGGCAGAGGUGAGGGUCAAAGAACGGGGUCCUAGGGCUGGCAGAGGACGUAUUCCUGUGGAGGAGCCACUCUGCCAGUUUUUGCUGGUCCAUAGGCGUGAGAGUUUAUUUUUGUAUGAGGGGUGGGGGUGGGGGGGCACUGUACCCUUCUAGCCCCAUCAGGGGCCCUGUAGACGUUACUAUUUUUGGUACGAUUCCUGUCGAAGAGUCAUGUCCCCAAUAAACAGGUGUCUGGAGGCACAA